GCUGCAGGAGGCACGCGGCGUCUGUUGUCAUAGCAACACAACUGCCUCGACGAAGGAAGGAGGAGGUGCUUAAGUGUGGACGGUCUGGGGCUGAAACCUAAUAAGUGAAGCGCAAAGAGAGGGCAGCAUGCUGGAUUGUGCAUGGGGUCAGUGAUGGCGUCUUUGUAAAGUCUGCGCUAGGACGCACCUUAGUGAAAUUUUACAAAGCUUGCCCUGAUCGUAGACAUUAUGCCUUCUUUGAAGACAGUGCGGUUAGACAGACAAGGACUAACUGAAAUCAGUCCCUUGGAGGACCCCGGAAACGUGCACAGCCUCUACCUACAGCAGAAUGAGAUAGAGAAAAUUGAAAAUCUACAUUCCAUGUCCAGUCUAAGGUUCCUGACUCUAGCUGGAAACAAGAUAAAACAAAUUGAAAAUCUCCAAGCUCUGAGUUCCUUGCAGUUUCUGGAUUUGUCCGACAACCUCAUCGCGCAGCUUGAUCUGGAUGAGCUGCCUAAAAACCUGAUCAUAUUAAACCUCACCGGCAAUCCAUGCACAGCUGAAAAAGAAUACAGGACACGGUUAGCUGAUGCUUUGCCACAUCUUAGGGACCUGGACAACCAGCCAGUGUUGUCCAAAAAGGACUCAAAGACGGACUGCAGUGAAGAGCGGGAGGAGGCAACCAGCUCAGAGGAUGAGGAUGAUUAUUACACCCAUGAGGCCUGGUCGACAGACAGAGUGCGAGAUAUGUUUAAGACAUUCCGGGAAGAACUGCUCCACCAAUCCGAGCAAAGAAUACGCUAUGCCACUAACGAACACGAAUCCAGAAUGGAGGAGAUCGAGAUGCUGGAUGGAUCAGCACCUUCAGCAAGACGCCUUAUCCAGGAACAGACCUCUGCUGUAAAUGAACGCAAAUUAGAGGGGCCUAAAGAAGCACCCGGGAGUCACCCGGUGGACAGUAACGUGAACGCAAGGGAGACUUCUGGAAAGCUUCAAAGGAGUAAAGCUAACUCAGCAAGAAUGAAACAGUCCCAGGAUGUCACCAGGAUGUUGCCGGCUAUCAGUGAUGAUCGCCAUAAAAAGAACUCAUUGGGCAUGAGCAGAUCGGUCAAAGCAAUUCACUCCCCCCAGUGUACUUGCUCAGUUCCAAAACCAGGGAGCGCCGGAAAAAAAAAGGCAGCCAACACACCCAUAAAAUCUGCAAAUGACAUGAAGAGGCCAGUUAAAAUAUCUUCCUUAAGUGGAAAGGCCUCCUCAAGGAUUCAAAGCACUGAAAGUGCUCUGUUGGCAGUCGACAGCCAGGAGAAAAACUCACGUGCAGCAGCCGGCAAAGACAGGACGGCUCCCUCUGUCAAUCCCAGGAGAUUUGCUGCAUUCCAAGGAAACUGACCACCAGCCUAAACGUGGCCAGUGUCCUGGCAUUCAUUUCCUCUCGUGAAGGUUUGACUUUUGUGGAUUGCAUUUGACAUUUUUUCACUGUUGUUGCAAAAUUAAGGAAUUACGUUUUUGUGCUACUUUCGAUAUCAUUCUUACUGGAAUAAAAGUUCACUUCUUUACCAACAGAGCACAGAGGAUAGCACUGGUUUGAGUGGCAGCAGUCCAUAUCAAUGCUUGAUGUGGAACUGAAUUAAUGGCGGUACUCUUUUCAUAGCGAUACAGUGACAUUUGAUUAACGACUUUUCCCCUCUUGUUCUCAGAGAGGUUCUGGUGCUCAAGAGUAUGCUAAAAAAAGGGUGCUGGUACGCUGAAACAUCAAUCAUGGCAAAGCCGUGAAGGUUGAUCAAAGAGCCCUUUAGGGUCCCCUUGAAGAUUCAUGAAGAGAUUCUGGUGUUCACCACUAUGCUUAAAAAAGUUGCCUUGCCGAUCCGUGAUGAUGCAGAGUAGUGAUGACUGUGCUGCUCGAUAUGCCGAUGGGGACAGCUCUUUGAUCGUGACCCUCUAAAAGCCAAAGCUGGCAAACACUAUUAGAUUGCGCAGCUCGAGUCACCAAAGGGCAUCCUCUACCCCCACCCACUCUUCGAUCACGACCCUCUAAACGUCAAGAAGGACAAUCAUCCCCACACUUGCUUUUCAAUUGCUCAGCUUGAAAUGCUAAUGCUAACUGCAGCACGAGGCUAAUCAUUCUAAAACCAGCCCUGCUUCUGAUACAUUUAAUUAACCGAUGGCACCAAAAUGGAGGCCCAAUGUAUUAGGAAGUUUCUGGGGUGAAGCUGGGUAAGACACUGUAUAUACCCUCUUAAUCAAAUUUAGAGCCUAUCCUGGCACCAUUGGGUGUAAUUAUGGAAACAGCCCUGGACAAGAUGCCCACCCUCACACAUCCUCAUUGAGGCCGGGUGAGACAACUAGCACUGUAUAUACCCUGUGACAAAAGGCGCUAUACGAGCGCUCAACCCGACACAGACAGACGCAGGAGGCACACUGACAAAACAAAUAAAUGUUUUUAUUUUUAUUUUUCUUCACCUGUGGACAACUGCUUCCUCUGUUCUUCUUCCCACAGGCACAACACAGUCCCACAAGCACAAUAGCACAAUCACCACACUACUUCUCUUUAUCUCCUCCACUCCUCUCUGGCAAGCUUUGUCUCCCUCCUUCUGACUCUGGCUCUCAGAGUGGUGGCUGCUGGCUCCUUUUAUAGCCCACCUGGAAGUGCUCCAGGUGUUUAAUGGUCCAUUUCUGGCUGCACUUCCGGGUGUGGUGGAAGAACCGCCCAUAUGGCCUCAGGAACCACUGCAGCGCCCCCUGGUGGCACCCCCAGAUCCCAACAGGGUUGUAGAGAACUCCAUCUCCCUUGGAGCCCUGCAGGAAUCCGAGGCACCACUGUCACCCAGUGGGGCUGCCAUCUAGCGUCCCUGUGUAAGUACUUUCCUGACCAGGCUUGCUCCACCGGUCCAUAUAAUGAAGAGGUGUCCCGGCCAUCUGUGACAACCCUCUUAAUCAAAUUUAGAGCCUAUCCUGGCACCAUUGAGUGUAAGUAUGGAAACAGCCCAGGACAAAAUACCCACCCUCACACAUCCCCUUUGAGGUCAUUUUAUUAAACUAUUCUCCAUAUCUUUUGUGAUGUGGGAGAAAAAAAAAUUAAGCCACCAGAGAAAAAUCAAUGUAGACAUGAGGAGAAUGGCCGACCUCACAAUAGACACUGACCGAUUACAACCCACCCAUGAGGCAGCAACACUAGACACACAACAGAAGGGUAGUAUAUACUGUGAACAAAAGACAAUGGGGAAAUAAUAAACGGGUGGAGACCAACUGGGACCCCCAUUUAAUGUUGGGCAAAUUAAUGAAAGUAAAAGAAACGUUCAGAUGAAAAUGA